UUGAGCCUAAACCGGCACCACCGAAACUGCAAAGACAGUCACAUACAAUCAAAGCUGCAGUUUUACAUCAGCCACCAGUCCCACCACCACCCAUGGGUUUACCACCUUUUGGUCAUAACUCUCUGGUCACUCUGUCUCCAAGGCACCUUCCACCAACGAGUCACCUUCCACCAGCGGGUCACCUUCCACCAGCGGGUCACCUUACACCAGCGGGUCACCUUACAUCCGAGAGACACCUUACAUCCGAGAGACACCUUACAUCCGAGAGACACCUUACAUCCGAGAGACACCUUCCACCUGCAAGCUGUCCUUCAUCUGAAGGGCGUCCUUUACCUGCAGCCGUUCCCCUUCCUGUGAAGCACUCUCUAUCAGCAGGUAUUGAGAGAUAUAUAGUCACUACAUUAGAGGAGAUAAAGGACAGACUGACCAUGCUAGAGAGAACUGUAUCCAGAAUCUCACGAUCAAGCACAAACGACAUCACGUUGCCUGAUGACAUCAUAUUACCCAUUCAAAGCUACCAGGACAUGGAUAUUUUGGAGCAAAAAAUGGAAGAUCAUCAAUGCCGGAAUGAUUUGACUGCCUAUCUCGGAACCAUUGGUGGGUGUAGUGUCCAAGUGGCAACAAGAAGAAUAUUAUCAACAUUGAUUGGCCAUUCUCUAGCCACUCAGUUGAACUGGAGUGGCACAAAUCAAAAAAGACCUUUUAAUAACCUGAGGCUAAGGAGGGUUGUAACAGAGGCUGUAAGAAAAUGCUCCUUUCAGCCAAGUCCUCUUGAUUCCGAAGUUGAGAAUGAAAUUAAGGUCUGGUUGCGGAAUUCAAGAGACAGAGCAGGUGGACGUAAGGAGCGCUACCACCGUCAGCUGAGUUGAGACCUUGGGGGGAAAAGUGACCUCUGCUGAAAAUGUUUUUUUUUUCAAAAGUAUCCAUUUGCAAAGCUUUAUUUUUUUGUUCUGUUUUUUAUUUGCAUAAAUGUACCUUUUCAGGGUGUUGAUUUAAAUUGAAAGUUUCUUGUUUGGUGUUUAAUAAAUCCAUUUGCUUGAAAUUCCUCUGACUGCUGUACAUCUUUGACAAUAAAAACAUUAGUUAUGUGGUGCCCAAAUCCAUUUCAGAUGUAUAAUACUGUUUUUCUCUAAGACUGAAGUUGUAGCAGCCAGAAAGUAUUUAUAGUGUAAAAGAUGUAUUGUUGUAGAUUAAUAGUGCAGGCCCUAUGUGGGCCUAGUGU